AUGCGCUGGCUUCCCCUGUUCGCUGUCGUCACAGUCAACCUCUGGUCCGCAGUUUCUGCUGCCAAACCUCUUCCUCCGGCACAGGACCCCUGGUACGAUCAGCCGGCUGAUAUUGAUACCUACGCGCCGGGCGAGACCAUCCGCAGUCGCGAAAUAUCAAAUCAGCUGCAACCUUUCCUCCCUCUCCCCGUCGACGUGUCGGUUGAGGCCGUUCAUCAAUUCUUGUUCCGGACCACGGACAGCUUGGGAAAUCCAGUCGCUGCGGUGAAUACCCUGAUCAAACCCCGUAAUGCCGAUCCGUCCAAGUUACUUGCGUACGCACUGUACUACGAUUCCUCCAAUCCGUCCUGCGAGCCUUCCUACACCUUGCAGCCCGGGUCGGAUCCCGCUGGUCUUCCCGGAAUCAUGUCUGCUAACAGUACCCUGUCUACCGAUACCGCAUUUCUAGCUGCGUCCCUCAACCAAGGUUGGUGGGUCGUGACCACCGACUACGAAGGACUGGACGCCCACUUUUCGGCCGGUGUCAUUUCCGGUCAGGCAACCUUAGAUGGAGUCCGCAGCGCUCUCAUUGAAGGUCCUAAACUCGGGUUGGCAAAGGAUGCUCGUUACGCCAUGUGGGGAUACUCCGGUGGUUCGAUCGCCGUCAAUAACGCAGCUGAGCUUCAGCCAACCUACGCCCCGGAGCUGAACUUCGUCGGCGCUGCCGCGGGAGGUAACAUCGCUAACCUGAGCUCCACCCUCACAACGGUCACCGGUGGACCAUUCGCGGGCCUUGCGUUCGGUUCCAUUAAUGGACUCGCCAAGGCCUAUCCCAACGUUUCCGACUGGCUGGAGCAGUCCCUCGUUCCGGAGAAGAAAGCUGAAUUCGACGAACUGGCCAACAGCUGUCUGAUCGGGGAGUCCACGGGGGGCUUUCUCAAGAAUGUUUAUUUGUACUUCGUGAACGGCGAGGCAUCAUUUGCGGAGGACGUACCUCAGUCCGUCAUGCGCCUGGCUGGCCAGAUGGGUGUCCAUGGUACUCCUAAGAUGCCUAUGUAUAUAUACAAGCCGGUCCAUGAUGAAAUCAGUCCUGGUGCAGACACCGAUGAGCUAGUCGACACUUACUGCGACGGUGGUGCCACUGUUGAAUAUAUCCGGGAUUUGGCCGGCGGGCAUGCAAGCUUAUGGAUCACCGGAUCGGCCAAUGCGAUGGGAUGGAUCGCUGAUCGACUUGAGGGCAAGGAGGUCUCCCAUCCAGGAUCGUGCACGAAGAAGGAUGUGCUUCUUUCCGAGCUCAAUGCAGAUAUGAUUCCCUUCUUUGGACGGGAGCUGUGGUCUACGUUGAAAUGGACCUUGGGUGGGAUUUUGGGACCACACUAAGGGGUGACUUGCU